AUGGUCGGAUCGAAUUUGCUCAUCGCUUUAAUAUACGAAGACCCAGGCACCUAUUUAGAUCUUGGGUAUAAGAAGUCCGAUAUCGCGCAUUUGGAAGUCGGCGCCGCGGCCGAGGAUAUUGCUACUGCGAUUAUCAGAUUGGGGCAUCGAUAUGUUCCCAUCCCAGAUGUGAAAACUCUCGCGAGUAAGCUCGGCUCCGGCGAGGCUGCGCAUUGGGAUCUAGCGGUGAAUAUUACAGAGGGGGUUUAUGGAACGGCAAGGGAAGCACAGGUGCCGGCGAUGCUGGAGGCGUUCAGUAUACCAUAUACAUUUUCCGACACGGCGACCAUGGCCCUAUGUUUGGAUAAGGGAAAGACCAAGAUGGUCCUGGAGCAUUAUGGGAUUCCGACCGCCCCCUUCGCCGUCAUAUAUUUAGACAAGCUUCAGAACCGGAAGCUCACGCCCGACGUCAUCGGCGCCCUCACCAAAACCUCCAAGCACGCACCGGGUCUUCUAAACCCAACAUCCUACCCGCUUUUCGUGAAGCCACUAGCCGAAGGAUCAUCCAAGGGCAUCAAGCAAAGCAACGUCAUUCACAACAUCAAGGAGCUAUGCCAAGCCGUCGAGGGAAUCCAUUCCAGCGCGACCUCGGCGCCAGCGGUGCUGGUCGAGAAGUUCCUAGCGGGGCGAGAGUUCACGGUUGGGAUCUUGGGAACGGGCGAUGACGCAUGGGUUCUUGGAGUCAGUGAGAUGGCAUGGAGGGGAAAGAGUGACCCUGACGUCGACUUUGACGUCGGGUUCACGACUGAACGGUCCAAAUCCGACGACGAUUGGGAUGGCAUCGCGGAUGAGAUCCCAGCCAAUCGGGAAGAUCCGCUGGUCGAACGGGCAUGCACGGUCGCGCUGCGGGCCUGGCGAGCGUUGCGGUGUCGUGAUGGUGGAAGGGUUGAUAUCAGAUUGGACGGAGACUCGGCCGAUGCAGAGGCUAAUGUUCUGGAAGUAAGUGACGUCUUCUGUUGA